AAGGAAAAAAGACUUAAAAGAAGGAAAGAAGCAAAGAUGGGAAAUAACGUGUCGUUAUUUUUUGCGGUGGAAGCAUCACCUUUGCGUUUGUUGCAACUUCAUAAUGAAAAUCCGCCUAAGUUGUUGUUCUUGUCGUUGUCGUUGUCGUUCCAUUUCCCUCUCUUCUCCAUACCUCAAACGUAGAAAAGAAGAAAGAAGAACCAAGAACCAAGAAGAAAGGCACCUCAUUUCCGCAAUCUGAAAAAUGGGUCGUCGCCAAAACGGCUCAGAUUUCGGCAGAUUCGCGCUUCUCCUUCUCUUCUUGAUAGGCGCGAUCUCCUGCUCCGCGGUCUACCUUUUCCUUACCGUGGUCUUCAAGCCCAGCACCGAGUCUUUGCCUUCAACGGAUCAUGAUUUGGGUUUGAGGGGUGCACAAGAGGAGCAAUGUUGCAGAGGGGUCGAGCAUUUGGAGCUUUGGGGCGAUGCUGUGAAAUGGGGUUCUGAAUUUAGGUUGAAUUCCUCUGAGGAAUGUUGCAUGGCUUGUAAGAGAACGUGUAGCGGCGAGGGAGGGGCUUGUUUGUGUAAUUCGUGGGUGUAUUGUGGUGAUAGGGAAGCUUGUGGACCUAGAUUUGGUGAGGGGAGACCCCAAUGGUUGUGCAUUGGACACUCCAUCUCGAAGUGUUGGUUGAAAAGACAAAAGGAUGCUUUAAAUCCUGAUCGACGAGACUCUGGAGAUCUAGUUAUGUGGACUUCUGGAUUUGUCUUCGAUAAGGAAGAGGGAAUUGUUGGCAUGGAAACAGACCAUGGAAUUCUGCGCAUAAAACUUUUGCCUGAAUGUGCUCCACAUUCUGUUGCCUACAUUCUUGAGCUGUUGGCGAUGCCUCAUUGUGUUGGUUGCCAGAUUCAUCGUGCCGAAAGCCGAGGAAGCUUUUGGGAUUCAGAAGGAAACCACAUUAAAAGGACUAAAUAUGGCCCUCCUUUUGCACUUGUUCAAGGAACAUUGGAAUCCUAUGGGUCUAUGUUCAAGAAUAUUCCAAAAGAAUACUGUCCUACCAUAAGUAGAGGAUCUGUUGCAUGGGUUGGUUCUGGUCCAGAAUUCUUCAUUAGUCUCGCGGACCACAAGGAAUGGAGAAAUUCAUACACCGUGUUUGGCUCUGUUCUAUCUGAAGAUAUGGAAAUUUUAGAGAAAAUUACUCAGCUUCCAACUAAAUCAGAAAUUUGGAAUAAUAUUAAAGUCUCUAUCUUGGAGAACCCAGUUUCAUUGAGGUUUCGGAGAAUGGACAAAAAGUCUUGAAUCCUCAGUUUCAUUCGUUUGUUCUCUCAAUUUUUUCCACCUUUGUUAAGUAAUCAAGGUUUCAAUCUAUCAAGGCAAUACAGGAAUGGAUCUAGGGCUCAAGUUACUUCUUUAAUGCUUGAGGUGGUUUAAAUAAUUUUAGGUAUUUCGGCACCAAAUUAUAGCUGAUUGCAAAUCAAAUACAGUUGAGUAUACUACAAGAAGUUUGAUAGGUAUGUGACUGUGGAUAUUUCAUGAUUUUGUUAUUUCUCUUUUUCCUUGUACGGAAACUUAUAUUAGUGUUAAAAGAAAGAACAGCACCAAUCUCAUCAUCAUAGAGUGAUCAGUGAUGGGAUUAGACCCCGAGAUGCAAGCUGAUGACUCCCAUUUGCAAGCAUUAUGUGAUACGAAAUUAGUGGACAUUUCUUGAUUCACCUGUUGAGGUGUACGUAAGGUGGAGGUAUAGAAUAGAAUUGAUUGACCGAUUCUAUGGAAGUUGUGUGGUGUGUUUCUUCAGCCUUCUGGUGUUUGUUUAGAAAACCGUUUAAUAUUUGUUAAACAGAACUUUUUUCACAUUUCAAUACAAAAAAGCUAAAGUAAGUAUGGUGUUGCGCAACAUAACGGUAAUAC